AUGGCAUCUGCACUAUCACAAGAACUAAAGCUUUCUGUGCAUGAGGGACCUUAUAAGCCGGUGAUCCUUCAUGCAGGCUGCCAGGGAGGCGAAUCAGUGAUGCUGUUCAGUAUCACCAGGGAGGCAGGCCAUGGGGAAUUGCCUCAGAAGUCCUUUGUCAAAGAACAUUAUGUCAUUGCCUUUUCGGGCCUUGGUUUCACGACAUUCUACUUGGCGGGAAAGCUGCACUGCUUCACCGAGAGUGGGCGGGGAAAGAGCUGGCGGCUCUGUGCCGCCAUCUUGCCCUUGUACUGCGCCAUGAUGAUCGCCCUAUCCCGCAUGUGUGACUACAAGCAUCACUGGCAAGAUUCUUUCGUUGGUGGAGUGAUUGGGCUCAUAUUUGCUUACCUUUGCUACAGACAGCACUACCCUCCUCUGGCCAACACAGCAUGUCAUAAGCCGUACGUCAGCCUCCGAGUCCCCACCACGCUGAAGAAGGAGGAGAGACCCACGGCUGACAACGCCCCCGGCAUGCCUCUGGAGGGGAUCAGUGAGGGCCCCGUAUGA